AGUAAACGCAUCAGUAAACGAACCAAAAUGGAGCUACUAUGGAAAAGAGCCCAUCAGCAUUUGUAAACAAAAGGUUUGUAAGCCCUUUCCUCGCACAGGGUAGGCCGCCCACACAAACCAACAGCAUCAUCGGUUAGGGAAAAGUUUUCCCUACCUGAUUCUGCUAUUGGUUUGCAUGAACGACCUACACUUUGCGAGGAAAGGGCUUACAAACCUUUUGUUUACAAAUGCUGAUUUGCCUUUUUCUAUUGUUGCUCCGUUCACUCAAAUUCACCAAAAUUACACGGUAUUUCAAAACUACCCAUUAGAUGUGUAUUAGUUAGAUUCAAUUGUCGCGUAAGGGGAUAUACGGAGAAAGUAGGCUACUCGAAUAAAACCUUCCGAAGCAUCGUCCGUCGAUCGAUCGAGAAGACCGAAAAUAAACACCGGUUGAAUAAAUCUGAAAAAUCUACGGUUCAAAAAAUGGAUGGCCGCGGUUCCUGGUCCUUCAGUCUCAUCCGUGAUAUGAAAAACGCUUCCAAUCAUAUCAUCCGGAGCGAUUUGGCCGUUAUUAUGCGCGACAAAUACCCCAAGUCACGUCAUCACUUUCUGGUGCUUCCCUGGAACGACAUCGACACCGUUUAUCAGCUAACCCGCAAAGAUAUUCCACUGCUGGAGGAAAUGCACCUGCUCGGAACGAAUGCUAUCGAACUAAGCCGGGGUCAAGCGGACGAUUUCAAAAUAGGCUUCCACAUGAAGCCCAGCAUGCACCGGUUGCAUCUGCAUGUAAUUUCCAAGGAUUUCGUUUCCGACCGAUUGAAGCACAAGCUGCACUGGAACAGUUUCCAUACGAGCUUCUUCAUGCCAUUCGAAUGCAUUCUAGCUGAACUGGAAGAGCGAGGUCAAAUCGAACAUCGUCCGGAGCAGUACAUCGAUAAUCUACUGAAAACGCCACUGGCAUGCCAUCGAUGCGAUAGGAAAUUCACGACCAUGCCCGCACUGAAGAAGCACCUGGAAGGUCAUCUUGAAUCGUUUUCAUAAGCGAAACGUGAUUACGAAAUUUUUAUAACAUGAGAACUGAUAUUGCGUGGUAUUAUUUUUUUAACUGUACGAGGAAUUCGAGGCUGAGAUCAACACGUGGUUAUAGUCGAUUCAGCACGGGGAUAAUUUCUCGCUGGUUUAAUGUAUCUGCUUUGAUCGAGGCUAUAACUAUCCGGGAGUUAAAGCCCCUCAAAUAUAGCAGAAUAACACUAUUUGGUUUGUUUUUUAUAUAAUAUCGGUUCUCGGUAUUACAUGAGUUUCGGUUUUCGGUUGCUUCACAAAUGGAACGAAAGAAAAUGGCGUGCGGGCAGCGUGGAAUCCUCCAGAGGCAGAUAAAUCGAAAUCGAAAACACUGCUAGUCAAAAAAAAAAAAAA